GUCUUUCGAGGAGCCAAGUAACAAGAUAUACGCAACAGAAGACGGCAAGAAUACUCUUCCAGUUCCUAUCAUCAAAAAACUUCGAACAACCCACGACACAAUGGCUCAAUCAUUCCGCCAGCUCAUCGGCGCUCAGCCUUCAACCGCCAGCCCCUCCGACUCGACCCUCGUCAUUAUUGAUGCUCAGGGCGAGUACGCCGACGGAGCUCUGCACGUCUCCAACAUUGCCUCCUCUCGCAAAGCGAUCGCCAACCUGUUGCAGAAGUACCGCGAUGCGAACGGCAAGGUCGUCCACGUGCAGCACAUUGUUCCGGACGGCACGCCGAUCUUCACGCCCGACACUCCCCUCGGCGAUAUCCUCCCCGAAUUGAAGCCACAAGGCUCCGAGGCCGUCAUCAAGAAGAACCACCCAUCGGCCUUUGCGGACACCAAAUUGGAGGAGACUCUUGAGGCCAAGUCGAAGAUUGUGCUCACGGGAUACAUGGCGCAUGUGUGUGUCAGCACAACGGCAAGAGAUGCUGCUCGCUUGGGAUACGAUGUCGUGAUUCCGUUGGACUGCAUUGGUGAUCGGGACAUUCCUGGUGCUAAAGGUGAUGAGGUUGUCGAUAUGGUGGCCAAGGAGCUGGGUGAUGCUUUUGGCACGAUUGUGCAGAGCAAGGAUAUCAAGUAGAUUGUCUGAUGAGCCAGAGUCGACAGUCUUGAGUCGCUGCAUAGCAAGUUCCAGAUUCGACAAUGGACAGAGGUCUAGAACCCUCGCAGCGGAGCCAGUAGCUCUGUGUCCAAUAUAAAAACAAGACUCUUCAUUC